GGUCCUUCUCUUCGGGCGGUCGCGCAGGCAGCGGCUGCGGCUGGCUGGACACCCGGCGUCAUGUACUACAAGUUUAGUGGCUUCACACAGAAACUGGCGGGAGCAUGGGCUUCCGACGCCUAUAGCCCACAGGGAUUAAGGCCUGUGGUUUCCAGAGAAGCACCGCCUAUCAUAUUUGCCACACCAACUAAACUGACUUCUGAUGCUACUGCAUAUGAUUAUGUUGGGAAAAACAAAGUUCCAGAGAUGCAAAAAUUUUUCCAGAGAUCCGAUGGUGUGCCUAUUCACCUGAAACGAGGCCUGCCUGACCAAAUGCUUUACCGGACCACCAUGGCACUGACAGUGGGAGGGACCAUCUACUGCCUGAUUGCCCUCUACAUGGCUUCACAACCCAGAAACAAAUGAGUCAGCUGCAUAGGACUGGUUUGCUUUUUGGCAUAAACCCUUUGAAUUUUCAUUUUUCAUUGUUUCUGUAAUUUUUUUUUUUUUUACUUGAAUGCCUGCUUAACAUUUUACAAGAAACAGAUAUUAAGACAACAUUUUGGCUUGUUUAUGAAAUUCACAUGGCCUUUCAGAGCUCAUUCAACAGUUAAAACUUGUUUAAAGAAAUGCUGCUGCUCUCCUUGUUUGGGGUCCUGAUUUCCCUGGUGGUGCUGGAUGAAGGCUGUACACAGGCUCGUUAACAACAGUGUGUGCUGAGGUCCAUGGGGACUUAUGCGGUUGAGCAUGCGGGUGUAGAAGUCUUUCUGGAUUUGGAUGUGACUGAGGAAGGAAGACAGAAGCCAAGACCAGGUGCUUGAAAAUGAGGGGUUUGAGUUAGUAGUCGCCUUGGGGAUUUUGUACUCAUGCAGUAAAAUGUUAAUAGAAAUUAUUUGCAGCCUGCUUCUAUUCAUUGGGCAGUAUGUUUCAAAGGGUUUUUGCCUCAUCUCAGAUCGUGACUGAAAAUUUAUGUAUAAUUGUUAUGUAUUUAUUCCACCAUGGGAACAGAGAACACCUGUUUAGUGUUGCACUUUAGACUGAUGUCUGUUUCAUUAAUGCAGCUGUGACAAAUUCUCCUUUACCUUUUAAAAAUGUUAUGGCUUUAAAUUAUGAUUUAUUUUGAUUGUGGAAUAAAUACAUGAAUGAAAAAUCUCAAGUUUGAAGUCCUUUUAAAUGACCUUUUUAAAGUAAUUUCCGAAUACCAGAGACAUCUUAAACCUGAUUCUAAUUUGUUUUUAAUUAGGCACCAGAUAAUCUUUACAAAAUGGUUCCUUAAAAUCAAAUAAUAGGAAGCUAAUGGCAUAUUGAUGGUUACCAUAUGGUUCCUUAUAUGGAACCUUCUGGCCCCUUAUGAAAUGUGCCUGUAACACACUGUUCAUUUAGACAUUAAUUUCCUGUACUAUCACAAUUGGUAGACUUCACAUACCCUAUAUUUUGAAAUAUAGGUUGAAAUAGCUGAAAAAAGUAGAGUUUUAUGAUGUAUAAACUUGUGGUCUGUAUCUUGCAAUAGCAAAGAAUAGUGACCUCUUAACUGGGGAUAAAAUAGUGUUUGAAAACAGAAGCAUUCUUAUAGGUUAGGAAGCUCUCAUUUUUAUAGGUCUAAACU